GGGCUGCGCUAGGCAGCCCUGAAAAGAGCUUUUUAAGUAGACUUCAUGGGCUACAGCACUUUUAUGUCAUUCUGACAUGCUGUGCUGCGGCUCCAUCACCUCCCUAAGCGGCUCUGCAUACUCCCACGGCCUGGUUCCCGGGUACUUGCAGCGGGGACGCACCGGUUUCUAGGCACACCACCACUGCUGCUCUUCUGGAUCGCGUGACUGCAUGACAGGGAGGAGACAGGAUAUUCGACCAGGAAUCCCCGUGCCAAGGAGUAUUAAAGAAUCCUAUCAAAAGGAAGAAAAACAUAAGGAAAGUAAUUUAAAAAACAGGCAAAAGAGUUUAAAAGAGGUGGAAAAGGAAAGACGGGAUACAGUAAUGAAUGUGGCCCUCAGCAAUGAGAACAAAGGCUUUGCGUUACUGCAGAAGAUGGGGUACAAGAAGGGCCAAGCGCUUGGCAAAAAAGGUGAUGGUAUCGUUGAACCAAUUCCUCUAAACAUUAAAACUGGACGCAGUGGUAUUGGCCAUGAAGAGAUGAAGAAAAGAAAGGCAGAAGAAACAUUAGAAAACUACAGGCGAAAGAUCCAGAUGAGAAAACAGGCAGAAGAAAGGGCCGCGGACGACUUCAGGUUUAGACUGAGAAGUAAAAAAGAGGAGCAGAAACUAGAAGGUGACCUUCGGAGAAGCCAGAGAGCAUGCCUGCAGCUAGAUGAGCAGAAGGCCAUAACAUGUCCUCGGGAGGCUUGGUACUGGCCUGCAACUAAUCCAAAGGAAGAGGCUGCAGAAACGGAUGAAGAUGAAGAUGAGGAUGAAGAUGAAGUCAAGGAAGAUGAGAUAAGUACCCCUGAAAAGUUACACAUUCUGACCAGCUAUUUAAGAGGGGAACACUUCUACUGCAUCUGGUGCGGCACAUCUUAUCAAGAUGAGGAUGACAUGUGCUCAAAUUGUCCAGGAGACACGUCAGAAGACCAUGACUGAGAGAGAUCAGCAUUAAUGGACAAUGAAUUGAAAGUUAAUCAACAAAUACAAGAGGAUUCUAUGCAUUCAAUAAAGAGAGAGGGCAUUAGUGCACUACCUUUGCAUAGACGGCUUAUAAACUGCAUACCUCAUUGUUCAUUUAUUAAGCAUUGUUUGAGGAAGCUGAUCUCACUUACUGUACUCUCAGAUUUGUUUUACAGAACUUAAAAUCCUAUUUCAUGGCUCAUGUGUUGAGGAUUUCUUUCAGUUAAAUUACUGACCCAGCCAAGUAGACUUGCUGUAAAUCACUGGGAUAUGAUUUUAAAAAAUCCUGAAAACAUGAGCCUGUUACGGGUGUGUGAUAACUGGAGUUAAGAAACACUGCAGUACGAGAAAGUUGGGACAACUGAGGUGAAAACCAUACAAAACCGGACUUAAACAUUACAUUUGUACAGUCAUAUGUAUUUAUUUAGUGGCUUUUAAAUCUUUUUGCUUUGUUCCUUUUUUUAGAAUAGUAAAAAGCAUAGUUUACAGCAGCUUCUCCUCCAUGUUCACAUAAAAACAAAAAUUGCCAGUAAAUGUGUACUGUCACUCUUAAA